AUGGCGCUCGUGAAAUCGGAUAUGCAGGCGCUAGAAAACCGGCAUUCCUCAAGCUUUGCAUCGCUUUACGUCGGUGAUCUUAGUCCCGAUGUGACGGAGGAAGACCUCAUCUGCAAGUUCUCUACGACUGUUCCUGCCGUCUCCGUCCAUCUUUGCCGCAACUCGGUCACCGGAAAAUCUAUGUGCUACGCUUACGUCAACUUCGACUCACCUUUCACCGCAUCGAAUGCUAUGGCUCGCUUAAACCACACCGAUUUGAAGGGAAAGGCAAUGCGGAUGAUGUGGUCUCAGAGAGAUCUUGCAUACCGUCGUCGUAGUGGUUUCGGAAACCUCUUUGUUAAGAAUCUCAACAGCUCGAUCACUAGCAUUUGCUUAGAGCGUCUGUUUAGCCCCUAUGGAGCGAUACUUUCUUGCAAAGUCGCUGAAGAGAAUGGCCAGAGUAAAGGUUUUGGGUUUGUUCAGUUUAAUACAGAGCAAUCUGCUGUAGCUGCUCGUUCUGCCCUCCAUGGCUCUAUGGUUGAUGGCAUGAAACUGUUUGUAGCCAAGUUCGUCAACAGGAAUGAAAGAUCAGCUAUGUCAGGAAAUCAAGAAUUCACAAACGUUUAUGUGAAGAAUCUAAUCGAAGAUGUCACAGAGGAUGUUCUACAUGGACUGUUUUCUCAGUACGGGACCGUCUCUAGUGUUGUGGUUAUGAGGGAUGGUAUGGGACGAUCUAGAGGUUUCGGAUUUGUUGACUUCUGCCAUCCAGAAAAUGCUAAGAAAGCUGUGGAAUCUCUCUGUGGAAAACAACUUGGAUCCAAGAAAUUGUUUGUUGGAAGGGCUCUGAGAAAAGCUGAAAGGAUGGAGAUGCUGAAACAAAAAUACAGGGACAACUUUACUGCCAAGUUUAGCCUGUACGUGAAGAACCUGAGUGAAUCAGUCGACGAAAAAAAGCUGCGAGAAAUAUUUGGAAGCUGUGGGAAAGUAGUCUCCGCCAAAGUGAUGCGCCAUGAAAAUGGCAAAUGUAAAGGAUUCGGCUUCGUGGGUUACUCUAACCUUGAAGAGUCCCAAAAGGCUAAAAGAGAGCUCAAUGGGUUUGUAGUUGAUGGAAAAUCACUUGUUGUUCGAGUUGCUGAACGCAAAGAGGAUCGGUUCAAGAGGAUGCAGCAGUAUCAUCAAGUACAACAGCGCCAUUACACGCAAGCUCCUCUUGCCCCUUCACCAGCUCAUCAGCCAGUCCCUGCACCAGUUCAGCCAAUCCCUGCACCAGCUCAGCCAGUCCCUCCAUCUAUGCCUAGCUCAUAUGGUUAUUUGCAGCCAUUCCAUAUUGGGGCAUCUUAUUACUAUAUGGGAACUCAGUUACCACAAAUGUUGGGUCAACAGAAAAUCGCCACCUAUGUUCCAGCUGGCCAAGCUCAUCUGAAGCAGAGACGAUCAGUGCAACUAGUCUACAGAAACCCGGUUUAUACCUUUGCCAAGAGUGGUGGUGCUAAACAGAAAUUGGUCUUUAAGGAGAAGGGUAACCAAAAUUUAAAGGCAUCCACUUGCUCCAAAGCGAAGACAUCUGCGGAAGAACUUGGAAAAAAAUCAGCGGAAUUGAUGGCGAUGUUGUCACCAAAUAAGACGGCAGAGAAAAACUGAAGUUGCUUAACAUUUGGCUUGAGCUUUCUCACUGCGUAGAACUCUCUCUUCAUUAGUUUUUACUCAUCACAU